UGUUUUUUUCUAUUUUUGCAGAUAAUGAUUGGUUUUGCAGAAAUUGGAAAAGGUCUCAUUGACGUAGGAAAAGGCUUUGUGACUAUGGCUAAAAAAUUGGUUGCCUUCGCAAAUACAGUUCUUGAGUUUGUAAAAGAUGUUGUAGCAGCGGGAAUAGAAAUUUCGCAACGUUUCCUUAACUGGGCGGGAGAUAACUUAUUCCAAGUGGAGUUGUUAGAAUUGAGAGGCAAGUUAACAAGCGAUUUUAAUGCUUGUGUUGGUAUCACUUGCAAAUUUGUAAUCUUUGGUUUCAAGGCAGAUUAUACUGGAGACAUAUGCAUCAAUCUUAAGUUCUGGGAUCUUCUGGCAGCUAAUGCAGUAGAAACAAAGUAUAAAGGAACCAAGAAAAUGUUAGAUGAAGUUCCAAAUAUUGACGGGAGGGUAAGGGAAUUUGAUGGCGACAAGAAUGACCUUGACAAAAAGGAAAACGAUAUUGAGAAGGAUGUGGAAAAAGAGACAAAGGAUCGCCGAAAGAGGGACUAUGUCCCUACUGCCGAGGAUAUGUAUUACAGACGACUUGCAGAGGAGCCCUUGCCAGUAGUUGUGACCCGAAGUACAUCCACAGUGAACGCUUUUAAGAAUGGCGCACCUUGGGUGUUGGUGCAAGAUUUUGACAAUAGGAACUUUGAUCACACACCUUAUGAGGAUUCAAACAUUCCUGCCGAGAAAAGAACCCUAGACGAAGAUUGGCACAAACACCACACUAAACCAUGUGUGGUGAUCAGCAAAGUGAUUGACAAGUACAGCAUGAUUGCCGAUGGACUAAGAUCACUGCAUGAUUCGAUGGUCAAUGUUCGUGAGGGUUACCAAACAACGAAGAGGACUAUGCAACAGGGUGUUGAAGACCUUGGAUAUAGAGUCAAAUCUACAGAAAUGAAGCAUAACAUAACGCAUGAAGAGCGAAGCGAUCUCCAUCAUUGGUACAAUGAAGCCAAACAAGGCAUGGAGAAAUGGGAUUCGAAGGCAAGAAACCUUUUAACAGACGAGCACAACCUCAUGAUGCCAAGAUUUAGAAGUCAAAUUGAGCACAUAUUGAAGAAGGAGAAGAACCAGAACUUUGAUGGUUAUAUGAAUGAAUUACACGAGGUUGGGCAAGCAGCGUACAAGAGGUCAAACAUUCCUUCUGAGAGCAGCGUCGCUGCUGCCAAGGAGCUUCACAGGAUCAAAAAGGACCUUGUUGAACUGGUCAGCAAGGGUGAAGCAAACCAGUUGAAAUUUGGUGCCAAAGUCAGGAGCAUUCAAACAAAUAUUGGUGGAUUGAAAAGAUCCAUGAAGAGAUGCAGUUAGAAUACUGUCUUCAGUACAGCUAAAUUAAUAAGUCUUCGCUGAAAAUGAAGUUAAUUCAAAGAAUUUCAUAUGUAUGAAAUGUGAUGUUACUGAAAUGAAAAAGACGACCCCAAACUAAGAUGUAAUUUAUUAU